GGGACACCGCAUUACAAACACAUUGAUUCCCCGAAGUGGGAAGUGAAACCAGCUUUAGGUACUUGAAACCAAGCCUUAUUGAGCACCUGGACAUUCUGCUUGGGGUUUGUCACGAGUGGUUGUGGUUUGUCAUAACAGAGUGUUGGACUGUAAGAGAUAAGAAGAUUACAACUCUCAUCGGCAGCCUGGGUUGACCUUGUCUGGGGAUUGUUUGUGGGUUUAGUUUAGCCUCUGGAUCUGGUGUGAUACAGCUGCACUCAGAAUGACUACAGUGGUUCUAUGGCUCUUCGUUGUGGCUGGAACGUGCUACGGUGUUCUCUGUUCAGAGGACCACCUGCGGGACAUGGAUAGUUUCAUAAGUGCCGUAGAGCAGGCUGAGGAGUCUAACCCAGACCUGUCCCCACUAGCCCUUGUGAGGAGGCUCCGCAGGACGGCCGGACACGAGGACCCACUCACCCUGCACUUCCUGGGGGCCUCCAACAACAUCAGCCACACCCACACCUCCAUGUUCAACACCACUCUCUUUGGCUUCUUCGACAAAGCCAUCCACCAUUUUGUGACGGACCGUGGUGAGGAGAGAGGGGUCGUUCUGACCCAAGAUGGCACCACAGUGGCCAUCGCUCCCAUGCUUCUAGGCAUUGAGGUGGGUCUGAAAGCUAAGCUGGAGGGCACCCCUCCUCUGGGCAUGUUUCCCCUUACCUUGGCCAAAAACCUAGGGUUGUCGUUCCUUAGCCUUCAGGACUUUCCACCUGCUCAGCGUCUGGGGCCGGACGGCUGCUGGGACAACGUGACCCACCCCAGGGUGUUCAAGCUGUCGCGGGUGCCCACCCUGGCCACCGAUGCCCUCGUCAACGGGGGAAUGGAUGGGUCCAUUUUGGGCAUGGAUCUUGCCACCCUGGCCCCCUCUGAACAGCCUGGUAAACUCAGCAAGGUUCUGAAGGGUUACUACAACCAUGUCUUGGAGGGGCAAGAUCUGGGGGUUGUAUCCAGCCACAUCAGCCCCAAGCGCAGAGAGAUUGCCCAAGCCCUGCUGGGCACCUUGGACACCCAGAGGCAGGUGAUGGAGACCCUAUACCUGGUAUGGAGGCUGGAGAACACUCAGUGGAUAGCCAAGGAUACAGGGGUGGAAAAAGCAGUGAGAGACGGAAUGCUGGAAUUUGUCCACAGAUACUGGGACUGCCCUCCCAUCAUCCCACGGUGUCAGUGGGGAGCGGCACCCUACCGAGGGUCUCCCUUCCCUCUUGCCCUGCCCCUCCCCUUCCUGUAUAUCCAUCACACCUACGAGCCAAAUAGGCCCUGUCACUCAUUCCGGCAGUGCUCCAGGAGCAUGAGGGCCAUGCAGCACUUCCACCAAGAAGACCGCGGCUGGGCCGACAUCGGAUAUAGCUUUGUGGUUGGUUCUGACGGGUACAUCUACGAGGGGCGCGGCUGGCAUCACCUUGGCACCCACACCAGGGGGCAGAACUCUUAUGGUUACGGCGUGGCCUUCAUUGGCAACUACUCCUCCUCUCUGCCCUCACGUCAUACCCUGGAUCUGGUACGCCAACACCUGGCCAAGUGUGCUGUGGAUGCAGGGCGCCUGCAAGCCAACUUCACCCUCCACGGGCACCGGCAGCUGGUGGACACCUCCUGUCCAGGAGACGCACUCUACUCAGAGAUCAGGGGCUGGGAGCACUUUAAGCUGCCUUUUACAGGAAACCAGCUCAUGGAAAAAGGACCAAUGAAGAAGACAAGCAUGUAAAAAGCAGUGUGGAAUAAAACCAGUUUUGUCAAAAUGUCUCA